UAAAAAAGCGAACUUCAACAGGCGCUGCUCCCUACGUCAACGUCACUGUUGAGAACACCGGAUUUAAGCAGUACAAGCUCGUGAAUGUUUUCCUGGAUGUCAUUCAAAACCAAAUUAUAGAGCCAACUGACAUGACAUCUGGGCGAUUCUUCAUCUUUCCUCAAGCCGAUAACACCUACAAAGGUAUUCAACUAUUCGAUCUGGACCUGGCUUCUUGCGUCACCGACUCUCCAUGCGGAAUACCUGUCCUCGUCUACAGAACGCUCCCAGCUUACUACCUGCAGCUUUUCUAUGCCGCUGCCACUGCCUGCGACGGCUACACGCUGCGCGCUACUUACGAUACCGCGCUCGACGCCGAUUUCUGCACUGAUACUAAGGCCGGAAGUGGCAAUACAACAUUCACUCUGCGAGGCCAGGCGCUGGCCAAGACCUUCAAGGCGGGGUUCUACUUGAGAUUCUCGAACUAAUUGUGCCCCGUUUGCCCCCAUCGCCACCCCACGCGUCGUACCAUCUCAGCAACAUCACAUACA